AUGUUUUCAUUCUCGCGGCGGUUACUCAACAAAAAUUGGAAAUUCUUACCAAAUCGUGAGCGGAUAGUGUUCAAAAACAGAAAAGAAGCGUUUUUCGAUUUCGUCAAGGUGUCCGGAGCCAAUAUUUUGUGGCAAAUCGGUCUUGCCGUCAUAGUUUUAGAGUUUGCAUUUCCGACGCCGGAUAUUGUUUACGAUAUAAAGAGAUUGAUUUCUCCAGACUUUGAUUUGUAUUGCAAAUCCGGUAAUCUGGUAGAUUUCGAAAUGGACUUUGAGAAUAAGUUGAGAUCAAUCCGUAGAGAAGAGGUGCGCAGUUUGGAGCAGUACACGAAUGCGAAGAGUCCUGAAGCAAAGUUUGGUGGAGUCAAUUAA